AUGAGCCUGAGGACUUUUUGUAAUGGGCUGCAAUACACUUACAGUCUGGUUAUUGGGCAGGCUGGAUGGUGGGCCUGUGCCCACCCUAGCCUUCACUUCAAUCCACCACUACCACCACCCACUUCCACCGCCGCUAACAACCACCAUCAACUACCCACCCAUCCACCCACCUUCAAUUUAAUACACCACCACCCACUUCCACCACCGCUAACAACCACCAUCAACCACCCACCCACCUCUUCAGCCUCCCAACCAACAAAAAUCCAGAUCUAUGAAAACAAAUCCAGUCCUUCUCAAACACCUCCACCAUCGCCGUCGGAUUCAGUCCUUAUCAAACACCUCCACCAUCACCGUCGUUCUCAAACAACUCCAUCAUCGCUGUCGGAUUCAGUCCUUCUCAAACACCUCCACAAUCACCAUCGUUCUCAAACACCUCCACCAUCGUCGUCAUUCUCAAACACCUCCAACAUCACCAUCGUUCUCAAACACAUCCACCGUCGUCGUCGUUCUCAAACACAUCCACCAUCACCGUUGGAUUCGCCGCCACUGUCGGAGAUAUACAGAGAGAAGAGGGAGAGAACAUGA